AUGGUGUUACUUAAGCAUGGUAUUACAAGCAUCGGGUAUUUGGUCUUAUUUGUUGCCUCGAACACAGGUUCGGCAGCGCGUCGAUACGCCCCAUCCGACUCAGAAUUUGCUCAGAAUAAAACAUACUCAGAUGCUCGUACGCAUGGAUAUCAAGGCCCAACGCGCCUUGUUCGUCUACCUCGUGCAACCGCUGGAGGAAGUGCUGCGAUCGCUAAGAGCGAGGAUGGGAUCCGUUGUGUAGUUGCUGGACGUGAAUCACUGCGAAUUCUCCGUAUCAGCCCACCUGACGCUGCCGAGUCCGGAAACACCGCAGAACAUAGGUUCGCAGUUGGAAAAGGCGGCUUUCGUAUAGAGGCGUCUAGGAAUUUCUGGGAUGGCAGUGGCCUUCAUAUUGACAGCGCGAACACUGACGUCGUGUGGGGUCACGGUAUCUACAGUAACAAGAUUCUCACCAGUGCUCGUAAUGGUGAGCUGAUAAUGUGGGACUUGAACAAGACCGGACCGUCCAAAUAUGAAAGAAGAACGAGGGACCACUCCCGUUCUAUACAUGCACUUUCAUAUUCCCCCAUCCUCGAGAAAUACUGUGUGACUGGAUCCGCUGAUGGUGACCUACGGGUGUGGGACCUCCGAGAUAUGAGCAAGUCUAUCAUGUGGAUUCGCCAUCCGGGCCCCGUACGAUCAGUUGCGUUCUCACCGAUACCAGGGCACCCGUUGCAGGCUAUCUCCGCACUGGACAAUGGGGGCAUCUACAGAUGGGAUCUAAGCAUGGGGCAGCGUGGCCAGCUGGACCGUAUACUGGCCGCGCAUACCGGUCCCAUUUUGACAUUGGACUGGACGUUAUCUUCCAGCUCCGCGUCGUCUUACCGAGCAUCACGAAGUAACUGGUAUGGGGCUCCAAGUACCGCAUUGGGCCUCUUGGACGAAAUCAUCCCUUCUGGCGGCCUGCAAGGCGGCCCAGGUACUGGCGAAACGGACGGAACAGGCAUGGGGUGGUUAGCUAGCGGCGGCCUAGACCGCUGCGUGAAAGUCUGGGAUCUCACUGCCCGUACCACGGGAACCCACAUAUCGCAUGACCCUACAUACACUCUACGCACUGCGUAUCCCGUCCGGCGUGUGCUCUGGCGCCCCGGAUACGAAUGCGAGCUCGCCGUCGUAGCUCACACAGAUCAGGGCGUGAGCAGCAGUGCAGAUCUGCAGGCUCCCGCAGGAGUACACCUCACGUCUCCAAUAGCAGCCACCGGGCCUGGUGCAGGCUUGAUCAGUGCACUUUCGAGUCCUCGGAUGGGGACUGCGGGUCUCAGCAUGCUUGAAUCCGUCUCCGAACCAGCGUUGACGUUGCCGCGCAACGAUGGCGGUACCCCCGUUGAGAUCUGGGACGUCCGUCGCGGUUUCAUAGCGAAAUGGGUCGUGAAUGACUCUGUUGGAGAAGGUGGCGUGUCAGACAUCGCGCUUGCCGAUUCUCAUGCCAUCUGGGCUCAGCAUUCGUCGGGAACAUUCUCGCAACUGGAUUUGCGCGCCUGCUGCCGACCAUUGGAUGCAGUAUCACGCACAGCCGUCUCUUGGGACCCGGCAGGAUCGCUCGCCUUCGUGACCGAUCAGCGCAAACGUUGGGAGAUCCCGUACGACGACGUCGUUUCGAAGACACUAGGCGAUCCGCCUUUGAUCCCCGCGGCCCAGACAUGUGGGACAAUCGCAUUCGACGGCAUGGAAAAUUUGGAGGCCUUCGUUCAGCUGGCCCAGAACUGCAUCUAUGAGGGACGCGAUAGGCGUAGCGUGUGCGCACAUAAUGCGAAGGUAUCGUUGGAUAUGGGUAAAACCGAGGCGGCUCAGACAUGGUUAAUGCUACAGAGCCUUCUGACCGAUCUCGUCGCUGAGGUCUCCAUGACACCAUCUGCAGCCUCCCAAGCGAUCCGUGACGUACCUCACUACGCAUCUGCGCCCGCCGCUAUUCCGACCUUACAGACAGUGCCGAAUCGUGCCUUGCCUCAACGAUCGAUGUCGACAGACACCAGCGGAGCAGCUAAAAGCGAGAGCAGGAGUCCGAGCUCCUUGUCCAGGGAAAACCUUGAAGGGCCAAUAGUCAUGGGGCGGCGUUCUUCACGUCCAGAGACCCCGGCAUCCUCAACAGCGUCGUCGCCGCGCAAGUCCUCCAACUCUCUUCCUCAACUCCAGGCGACGUUGUUCUCUCGGCGUGAGUCAGGCGUAGGCCAGGGCCAAGCGAUACGCCCGAUGCUGUCCUCUUCAUAUCGUCGUCCUUCAAGCUCGUUCCUGCUCUCUCCUAGCAUGCGUAGCAUGCACAGUGAUUCGCCAAACGAUAGCAUCAAAGGCAAUGCCAGUCUCAAGCAUGUCGGAGAAGGUGCCUUGGAUGAUUCCGACUCGUCCGAAAGCGAAGAAGAGUCUGCCUUGGCGGUUCCUUCGAGGAGCGACAGUGGCGACGAGGAAACGUCUCUCUCUCGACCAUUCCACCCUCUACGACCAGGCAUCGCUGUGCAGCCAAGCCCGCUUGCUCACCAACAAACCUGGACGGAUGAGGAGGACGAGGACGAGGAUGACGAAUCGCCGUCGCCUGGAUCUAGCAGUGACUCUGACGCACCGUCGCCCAGACCAAAACUAAAACGCUCGCGCACCAAGAGUGCCGCCCGCAGCCGGACGCGCAGUCGGAGCUCUACCGUUGCGUCUUUGGCUGUCCAUGCUUCCAGUCCCAAGCUCGUGCGGCAAGGAUCCUCAACGAGUAUCCGUACUGUCAUCGCCAGCAGUACGCCAGGCCAAGACGAUCGCGAGGGCGGCUUGCAACGAGAGGAGACGGUGCGCGAUUUAGGCAACCCGAUAACGUCGACCAAGACGUCCCCCAACCACAAGCGGGCACGUUCGACAGCCUUUGCUGAUGACGGGAAGCUUGGCCUCAGUCACAACAAUGCAGAAGACAUCGCUUGCAGUAGCCAUGGUCAUGCCGAGUGCAGCGAGCGUGCCAGAGAAGCGGAGAGCAAUUAUCGUGACCUUGGGUGGAGUGCCUUGCGGGAUGCAUUGGAAGAUUUUGCAGAGCAGGGAGAUAUCCAGAUGUGUGCACUCUUAGCCCUGGUAGCCCGGAAGGAGCUCAAAAUAAGUGCCAUGCGCACCUCGAGAUUUGUUGAAGCAUACAUCGAUACACUGGCAAAACUUCGCCUCCAUACUGCUGCUGCCUACUUGCGCAAGUAUGUCGAGGCUGAUGACAUUCGAAACGCAACUGCACUUCAGACAACGAUCUAUACGUGUUGCUCACGUUGCCGCACAGGACAACCAUCGGGAAGCUACGCGUAUUGCACUGCCUGCAAGUCUGCCAUCAGCCGUUGUUCAAUCUGCCAUCUACCUGUCCGAGCUCUUGCUUUCACUUGCCCAGUCUGCCUGCAUGGUGGUCACCAGGAAUGUUAUCGGAACUACUAUGUGAAACGUCCGAUGGUCGACUUGGACUCCGAGCAGUCUCUGGCGGAACAGGACAGAACAGCCCAACCACCUCCUACCCCGAAUCCACCUCAUCUGAGACCCCGAGGCCGCACCCCGUCUAGGAGCGGGUCGCUGAUACACGACAGUGAUUCAGAAGACGGUUCCGUACCUCGGGUGGGAGAAAGUGCAACAAACGGAGAUGAAGUCGAACCUUCGUAUGCGACGCUUGCAUAUUCUCUGCAGGGACAUGCCUGUGCGGCGGGAUGCGGUCACUUCUGCUGGGCGGCGCGGAAAGUUGCGUCGUAG